CCAUGUAUGGUGAUCGCGACCCGAAAGCUGCAGCAGAAUUUGGUAACAAUUGCAGACAAAUUUGCUCUCUAGACGCUUUCUACCUGCUGGAAUCCAGUGUAAAGAUGGUUCGAAUGUGCGGGAAUGUGCGGUGUAGUGAGCGCGUCUAUGUACGAGUGCAGUAGCCAAGCGUUCUUUGCACGUCUAUUUCCAGCCUCGUCCACAGUGCCCCAGUGAUGAGUGAUGACAACCGUCAAAUAGAAUGUGUUUUUUUAGUGCGCCGAUUAAACGAACCGCAUCCGGCGGUUUCUAAUGCAGACUGUUUGCAGUAGGCCGUGUCGGAUGUAGUGUGUCCUGUAAAAAAGAAAAGCAUGCUGCGGCAUUUGUGUAGUGAAAAAGUGUAGUUGAAUAAUCUAGCCGUGUUUGUGUCUGUGCUGCGUUUUGGCGUAUCGGUUCGUCAUCCUGCAUCUUUCCUCUUUAUACUGCGUGCUUAUUUUAUGGGCUUGCUAAAACUGAAAUGUAGUGUAAACUAUAGUUGAUUAGACAUGUUCGUGAAGAAAUCUGCCGAAAGGAACCAUAGUAGUCAACAAACAACCGAUCCUGUUUUAAAAUAGAAGACGCAUCCUAGCAGGAAAAUAAAUUGACGUCUGAAUCAUUCUGCAGAAAGAUCACGAUUGUUAUUGCUAUGCAGAAGAAAAAACUAUUGCUUAGCAACAUUGUGACUUGAUCAUCAAGAAUCCUAUAGUUGAUAUGGUUUGUGUGUAAGGUGAUGUAAAACCGGGGAAUUUUCCAUCUUCUGGAGAUAAAAGAUAGUUAUUAGUAGGAAACUAUCCGGGCCUGACAAUAGUAACGCAAGACGCAGACAAAAACGGCCGAACUCAUAACGUAGAAAAUGGCUCCGAGUCAGAAGGUGACGAAAAAAUGGGAAAUAUUUGCCGGUCGGAACAAAUUCUUCUGCGAUGGAUACUUGAUGACGGCACCAAACUCGGGCGUGUUUUACUUCACGGUCAUACUGAUUACCGCGACCAGUGGAUUAUUUUUCGUGUUUGACUGCCCAUUUCUGGCACAACGAAUCACGCCAGCAAUUCCCAUUAUCGGUGGUAUACUGUUCAUUUUCACGCUAAGCUCCCUGUUUCGGACGGCUUUCAGUGAUCCUGGCAUCAUUCCGCGUGCUUCACAGGACGAGGCGGCUUACAUUGAGAAGCAGAUCGAGGUGCCAAACUCGCUUAACAGCCCUACCUAUCGGCCGCCGCCUCGCACCAAGGAGGUCUUCGUGAAAGGACAAACGGUGAAGCUCAAAUAUUGCUUUACGUGUAAAAUAUUCCGACCACCACGCGCCUCCCACUGCAGCUUAUGUGAUAAUUGCGUUGAUCGAUUCGAUCAUCACUGUCCAUGGGUGGGCAACUGCGUUGGCAAGCGAAACUAUCGGUUCUUCUACAUGUUCAUCGUCUCGUUGGCAUUCCUAGCAGUAUUCAUAUUUUCUUGCACAACGACUCACAUAGUAAUGUUAUUAAAGGAAGAUACCCAGUUCAUUGACGUCGUCAAGCGGACUCCUUCCAGUGUGAUAAUAGCGAUAAUUUGUUUCUGUUCGGUGUGGUCUGUUAUCGGGUUGGCUGGAUUUCACACUUACCUUACUACGAGUGAUCAAACAACGAAUGAAGAUAUAAAAGGUUCAUUCAGCUCAAAGGGUGGCCAACAGGCAAUAAACCCGUAUUCGCAGGGAAACAUUUGCUUAAACUGUUUUCACAUACUGUGCGGCCCGAUAACACCCUCGCUGAUUGAUCGACGCGGUGUCGUUACGGACGAGUAUCGGACGCAAAUGCAGGCGACAGAUAAAUACAAUAGUGCCACUGUACCACCGUUGGUUGUGAUGCAGCCAGGAAUGGAUACACUGAACAAACAUUACAGUAUGGAUCAUGAAUUUCAAAACGCAACCAAUGGAGGAGGUGUAGGUGGCAAUGGAGUGUACCGGCAGCGCAGCUACGACAACUUACAAAACGUUCCGAUUCCAACGAAUUUCAAAUACUUUGCACCACAGUCAAAGUAUAAUAGUGUCAGCGGGACAAACAUUGGUAAUGGUGCUGGCAGCACAUAUUGCUACAGCGAUCAGAGUCAGCUACUAGGGUCAUCUCUCGGUGGUGGAAUAUCGCCCUCCACUGUGCUGCUGAGAGGUGGUAUCGGUAGUGGACCGAUGCCGCUGCUAAAGAGCCAAUCUGAGUUUCUUCACAACACACAACAUGUGCCACAUCCUUUGACACCGAAUGGAGCCAACAGUGUUUCCCAACAGCAGCUGCUACAGCAAAAAACGCAACCGUUGCAUAUGAUGAGCUUGAACAUGACGCUACCCCGCUAUCCGUACCAUCGAAAUCGAGCGAUCGGUAUUCGCAAAUCUUCUCAUGAUCUACAGUUUCCCAUAUAUCAGCAUCAUCCGCUUGAAGACGGUAAGCAAACGAUGUACGGUAGCAGUGGCACUUACAAUUCGGGCCCAUACUGUUUGGGCAAUGUGCCCGAUAGUAGUAUGAACAGCUUAAACAAUCACUUCAAUCCGGCGGCCAACGGACCGCCGCCAAUCGUGAUUCCGUACAGUAACGGAUUAAUGCUAAAGGAUUCGUCAGCCUCGUCGUCAUCGUCGGGCGGUUCUUCAUCCACCUCCGCUUCGACCGCUACCAUAUCGUCCAAUUCGACAUCCUCCGCUACCUCAUCGCUUGAUCGACGUUGUCGAAGCAAUCUGCUCCCAUCCGGUUCGGGAUCCGGUUCGUAUCUAGCAAGUUAUGAUACGAUCACUACGCUCUCCGACCACCACCAACAGCAGGUGCAACAACAGGUACAGCAAAGGCAAAAUGUUACGCCACACACGUGCCCAAACAGCCCGCGGACGAUCCGCUGUGGUAGUCCUAGUUGCAGCAGUGAGCUGGAUCCGAUGCUACAUUCGAAAACGAGCGGAGGUGGCAAACAACACACUAGCGGGGCAUAUCAUCGCCAUCGACACCAUCAGCAACAAAAUGGUGGAUACACCAAAUUCUACCGCAGGCCAUCUUAUCAAAUUAAAUCUUCCCAAUCCCCUACACCACCACUGGCACUGCAGUCGCCCUUGACCGGUCCAACUACAUUUGGUAAUAAUGGGCCAGGAACCAAUCCCGUGUCACCGGCUCUUUCGUUUAGCCAAUUUAGUCCCAGUUUUUGGAGUGCGAACACUUGCGUUUCGUCAAGCAAUCGGAGCAGCAUGCUAAGUGCGACCAGUACAUUAGGUGGCAGCAGUACGCCUUAUGUGGAAUGUACGAACGGUAUGAAUGGGAGUGAUGGUGGUGGAAGUGGAGUUGGCGGAGUUGGCAUGGGUGGACAAGGAACAGGUGGUACUGGAGGAGGAGGAGGCGGAGGAGGCGGAGGAGAAAUAGGAAAUGGAGGAGGAGGAAUGGGAAACAAUACCGGUAAUAAUAGUCCGUACGUACAGCGGCGUGGCGGAAGCGACAAGCAGCGCUUCUCAAACGUUUUCGAGUAUCAAUUUAACAAUUUUGAUCUCAACUCGAUACAUGAGGAUGCUACGAACGAAACCUAGCAUAUACUACAUUUUUAGUUUUGUAAUUUUUUAUAAUUUCACAUAAUGCUCUCCGCUACCGUAUUCCAAUUUCAUUUACAUUUGAUCGGACACGCAAAGGAAAACACUCGAUUGCAAAUGGAAAAGUCAAGACUUUAGUCUUUCUAGCGCAGCUUCAUUACACAGGCACAUGCUUGUAUUAUUUGGUUUUGUUGUUUGGACACAUUGAUUUGUCAUAUUACAUGUUUUGCUGUACCGUGUGUUUGUCACAAAUGCAGUUGGAAUUUUCCUUUAUUUUUCUGUUGGUAUGUAUAUAACACAAUGACGUACUAUUGUUUUUUUUAUGUCGAGAACAUUAGCUUCCUCGAUGAAUCUGUUAUUAUCACUUUACAGUGUUGAUAAGAAAAUGUUAUAUUUUAAAAGUGAAAAUUUAUUGUAUUGUUUAUCCUUAGUUAUUAUUAUUAUUAUAGUUUAUUGAGCUCUCCAGAGUUUAAUAAUAAUACAACAUCAAAUAACAUACUGUUUGUAUGUUUAAAUUUGAGAGAAAAAGAAAAAGAACAAGUAAUAAUUUUUGUUUUGUAUUUUAAAAGUUAUAAUUGAAAAGAUUAGAUCAAAUCAUAUUCACGAUAAAACAAUGCAUCUAUUAUCAAAUCAAAGCCCCACAUAGUGGUAUUAAUAUGCAUAAGGCUAAGAAAAUGUGAUGGAAAAAUUACAAGAAUCCUAAAAAUGUAUCAAUCGUUCGAACAUUCUAAACUUUGGCUUAACUUUAGUGCUGUCAUUCACUAUCAUUCUAUUUCCUGCUCGAAAAUAAAGGUUACCAAUUAGUUGGUCUGUUAAAUGAUGGCAAACGGUUGUUACGGUUUUAUGUUUCCAAACCAAAAAGUAGUAUUUUAACGUUCCUGAAAGAGAUUCUGAGUUACUUUGGCUUCAUUUUAUAGUAUUGCUUUGUUCGCUAGUAAGAAAACCACACACCAAACACACCAUUUCAUUUCUUCAAGUAUUGUUUUCUAA